UCACUACCUAAAGUCACACAGACCCAGGACAGUGCAGGGAGAAGACACAGCUACAGACGUAUAUUAGAGUAGAGGUUAGAAUUAGAAGUUACUGUAUUUUACCACAAGUGUGUUAAGAUGUCAGAGGGAGUCUAUGAAAUCCAAGAUAGAUUUGAAGACGAUGAGCCUGAUGCAAUGAAGAACACAGACAUUGAUGGCCAAUUAUAUUCCAACGUAAUAGCCUUCAAGCCCAGUCCAAGAGAUGGAGUUGUUGCUUCAGUACCUGUGUCCACAGAGCCUGAUAGCUCAGGGAAGAGAUCCUCCAGAGUUGCUGCAGUGUGUCUGGGGCUGCUGUGUGUUCUCCUACUGGCUGGGAUCAUAGGCCUGUCUGUCUACUAUGAUGGGGUCUCUAAGAGCUUCUUAGCCUAUAAGACCAACUCAUCUGCAGAGAUAGAACAGCUACAGACCAGCUACAACAACCUGACUAAAGAGAGAGACCAGCUACAGACCAGUUACAACACCCUGACUAAAGAGAAAGACCAGCUACAGACCAGUUACAACACCCUGACUAAAGAGAGAGACCAGCUACAGACCAGUUACAACACCAUGACUAAAGAGAGAGACCAGCUACAGACCAGUUACAACAACCUGACUAAAGAGAGAGCCAACCUACAGACUGAGAGAGAUUUUCUUAGCAGGUGGCUUACCAAUCUCGGCUGGCAGAAGUUUGAAUCCAGUUGGUACUUCCUGUCAACUGAGUCUAAAACCUGGAAGGAGAGCAGAGAGGACUGUCUGAAGAGAGGAGCAGACCUGGUGAUCAUAAACAGUGAUAUGGAACAGACAUUUCUCUUCAACCUCAAGAAGAGAGUCUGGAUUGGUCUGACUGACUCUGUUAAUGAGGGGACCUGGAAAUGGGUGGACGGCACCCCACUGACCACAGGGUACUGGUAUGCCAAACAGCCUGAUAAUGCAGGUCCUAAUGGGGACGAGGACUGUGCUGAGAUACACAAAAAUCAGAGUCCUCUAAAGGCAUGGAAUGACAUGUCAUGUGGCAGCAAACUCAACUGGGUUUGUGAGAAAGUGUUUAGUCUAAGCCCCAUUUUAGUCCCCUUCAACGUAGAAACGGCCAACAAAAAUGGAGGAACCUUUACCGUCCAAGCCACCAACAAUCGCAGAUUCACUUCUUCCUUCCCUGCCAUCAUCUCCAUGGUGACUGGGGGCGGUGGGGCCAACGGUACGGUGAGCCUCAUGGCGCCCACCAGCACCUCGUCAGGAACAGAUGUUACCCUGUCCGUUGUGACAGAUUUUACCACUCCCCACAACGGGCUACCAGGCAUCUCCUCCAAGGGGCCAGGGAUCGAUUGCUCCUACAGUUUUGUUUCGAACGGGCAUCGUCUGUGUCACCCUAUGCCAGGGCAACGGGACCCUCAACACUUCUACGUGGUGGGCCCCAGGGCCGAUAACAUGACCCAGGUGGCCAACAGCAACACCUGCUUUUCAAAGAAGGUAGAACUGAUGGUGGUGGACAGCGCAGGCAACGUGGAUAUGAACAAGAAGGUCAAGUUUGACAGAGUUAAGAUGGAGGAGAGGAUGGACCAGGAGUGGAACAGGAGACCAGUACUCGGAGUUUCACUACCUAAAGUCACACAAACACAGGACAAUGCAGGGAGAAGACACAGCUACAGACGUAUAUUAGAGUUUAGGUUAGAAGUAGAAGUUACUGUUCUUGAUCACAAGUGUGUUAAGAUGUCAGAGGGAGUCUAUGAAAUCCCAGAUAGAUUUGAAGACGAUGAGCCUGAUGCAAUGAAGAACACAGACAUUGAUGGCCAAUUAUAUUCCAACAUAAAUGCCUUCAAGCCCAGUCGAAGAGAUGGAAUUGUUGCUUCAGAGCCUGAUAGCUCAGGGAACAGAUCCUCCAGAGUUGUUGCAGUGUGUCUGGGGCUGCUGUGUGUUCUACUGGCUGGGAUCAUAGGCCAGUCUGUCUACUAUGAUGGGGUCUCUAAGAGCUUCUUAGCCUAUAAGACCAACUCAUCUGCAGAGAUAGAAGAGCUACAGACCAGCUACAACAACCUGACUAAAGAGAGAGACCAGCUACAGACCAGUUACAACACCCUGACUAAAGAGAGAGACCAGCUACAGACCAGUUACAACACUCUGACUAAAGAGAGAGACCAGCUACAGACCAGUUACAACACCCUGACUAAAGAGAGAGACCAGCUACAGACCAGUUACAACACCAUCACUAAAGAGAGAGACCAGCUACAGACCAGUUACAACACCCUGACUAAAGAGAGAGACCAGCUACAGACCAGUUACAACACCAUCACUAAAGAGAGAGACAAGCUACAGACUGAGAGAGAUUUUCUUAGCGGGAGGCUUACCAAUCUCGGCUGGCAGAAGUUUGAAUCCAGUUGGUACUUCCUGUCUACUGAGUCUAAAACCUGGAAGGAGAGCAGAGAGGACUGUCUGAAGAGAGGAGCAGACCUGGUGAUCAUAAACAGUGAUAAGGAACAGGAGUUUCUCUUCAACCUCAAGAGGAGAGUCUGGAUUGGUCUGACUGACUCUGUUAAUGAGGGGACCUGGAAAUGGGUAGACGACACCCCACUGACCACAAGGUACUGGUAUGCCAAACAGCCUGAUAAUGCAGGUCCUAAUGGGGACGAGGACUGUGCUGAGAUACACAAAGAUCAGAGUCCUCUAAAGGCAUGGAAUGACAUGUCAUGUGGCAGCAAACUCAACUGGGUUUGUGAGAAAGUGUUUUAUAUGAACAAGAAGGUCAAGUUUGACAGAGGUGAGAUGAAGGAGAAGAUUGUGGAUAUCUACGUAAGUGCAGACACCCAGAGAGACGGUGAGACCAGCACCAAGAGCGAAGAGACAGCAGACACUGCUCCAAAUAAUGAACCAGGAGACCAGCAUUCAGAAAAAACAUGUUGUUUUGAUGGAUGGAAGAAGUUUGACUGCAGUUGUUACUUCCUCUCUACUAAGAAGAAAACCUGGGAGGAGAGCAGACAGUACUGUCUGGAAAGAGGAACAGACCUGGUGAUCAUAAACAGCAAAGAGGAACUGGUGACAGACUUUACCUCUCCCAGUGCGGACUACCAGGCGUCUCCUCCUCGUUCCGGUCUAGAAGCCCAGUUUCGAUUGCACCUACAGUUUUGUUUUGCAUGCAGCUCCACAAACUGGCAGCUCUCUGUCAACCUAACCGAAGAUGUCAAAGGGACGGGCUUCGUCAUAGUCACCCUAUGCCAGGGCAAUGGGACCCUCAACACUUCUACAGAGGUGGGCCCCAGGGCCAAGAAUGUGACCCGGGUGGCCUACAGAGCUACCAGCUGUUCAAAGAAGGUAGAGCUGGUGGUAGUGGACAGGGCAGGCAGCGUGGGUGUUUGUCUGGGCUCAGUGAAGGACUCUGUGGGGAUGGUUAGGUUAGAAUUAGAAGUUACUGUAUUUUACCACACGUGUGUUAAGAUGUCAGAGGGAGUCUAUGAAAUCCAAGAUAGAUUUGAAGACGAUGAGCCUGAUGCAAUGAAGAACACAGACAUUGAUGGCCAAUUAUAUGUCAACAUAAGAGCCUUCAAGCCCAGUCCAAGAGAUGGAGUUGUUGCUUCAGUACCUGUGUCCACAGAGCCUGAUAGCUCAGGGAAGAGAUCCUCCAGAGUAGCUGCAGUGUGUCUGGGGCUGCUGUGUGUUCUACUGGCUGGGAUCAUAGGCCAGUCUGUCUACUAUGAUGGGGUCUCUAAGAGCUUCUUAGCCUAUAAGACCAACUCAUCUGCAGAGAUAGAAGAGCUACAGACCAGCUACAACAACCUGACUAAAGAGAGAGACCAGCUACAGACCAGUAACAACACCCUGACUAAAGAGAGAGACCAGCUACAGACCAGUUACAACACCCUGACUAAAGAGAGAGACCAGCUACAGACCAGUUACAACACCCUGACUAAAGAGAGAGACCAGCUACAGACCAGUUACAACACCCUGACUAAAGAGAGAGACCAGCUACAGACCAGUUACAACACCCUGACUAAAGAGAGAGACCAGCUACAGACCAGUUACAACACCAUCACUAAAGAGAGAGCCAACCUACAGACUGAGAGAGAUUUUCUUAGCGGGAGGCUUACCAAUCUCGACUGGCAGAAGUUUGAAUCCAGUUGGUACUUCUUGUCUACUGACACUAAAACCUGGAAGAAGAGCAGAGAGGACUGUCUGAAGAGAGGAGCAGACCUGGUGAUCAUAAACAGUGAUAAGGAACAGACAUUUCUCUUCAACCUCAAGAAGAGAGUCUGGAUUGGUCUGACUGACUCUGUUAAUGAGGGGACCUGGAAAUGGGUGGACGGCACAUCACUGACCACAAGGUACUGGCAUAAACCACAGCCUGAUAAUGCAGGUCAUACUGGGAACGAGGACUGUGUUGAGAUACGUACCGAUCAGCGUCCUCUGGAGGCAUGGAAUGACAUGUCAUGUGACAGCAAACUCAACUGGAUUUGUGAGAAAGCGUUUUAACAUCACCACGACAACAUACUUUAACACAUACAGUAGACUACAGUGCACACAACUUCCUCCUUCAUUCUCUCUCUCUCUCUCUCUCUCUCUCUCCCUCUCUCUCUCUCUCUCAAACCCUCAC